AUGCCAUUUGGACUCACAAAUGCUCCAGCGGUGUUUAUGGAUCGCAUGAACAGAGUCUUUAGGCCAUUCUUAUACAGAUUCAUCAUCAUAUUCAUCGACGACAUAUUGGUGUAUGCAAGGAGUUGUAAAGAGCAUGAAGAAUACUUGCGAGCUGUUCUCGAAACCCUUAAGAAAAAUCAAUUGUAUGCGAAGUAUGGAAAAUGCGACUUCUGGAUGGAAGAAGUCAAAUUUUUAGGUCAUGUGGUAUCCAAAGAAGGUAUUUCUGUGGACCUCGCCAAUGUGACUGCUGUUCAAGAUUGGAAGCAACCGAAUUCAGUUACAAAAGUAAAGAGUUUUCUCGGUCUGGCAGGCUACUACCGAAGCAAGGCCAAUCUGGUGGCAGACGCCUUGAGCCGGAAAAGGACACUCGAAUUUGAGGCCCCGUCGAUGGUGAGAGAGUGGAACAUAGUGGAAUUUGUACGAGACUUCGACAUGAAGCUAACCAUGAAGGAACCGCACGAGGUCAUAGCCCACAUUCAUGUCCAGCCACUGAUUAUCAGUAAAAUCAUUGAAGUCCAAGAAGGUGAUGAAUUGUUGAAAAAGAUGAAAGAAAGAGCAGAGAAUGAUAUGGAGUAUGAGUGGAGAGUCGAUUUUGAUGGGGGAUUGCGAUACCGAGGCCGCCUUUGUGUCCCAAACUCCAUGGACUACAGGAAGAAGUUCUUAAUGCCGCCCACAACUCCAAAUUGGCAAUGCACCUAG